AUGACCGAAGCCCGCCCGCCGCUGCUGAGCGACUGCAAGAUAUGCGUCGCAUGCUGUAACGGUAUUGAAGGAGAUGCUGUGAUGCAGUUGGAUAUUUUAAUCACAGAACACGGCGGCGAGGCAGUCAUACACGAAGAGCCAGCACCUUUCCCACCCGUCGAGCAAUUUACGCACAUCAUCUCAUUGACGGCUGACUUCCCUGCAUACCAAUCCGCAUGCGACGCCCUGAUUCCAGUGGUCAAACCUCAAUGGCUACAAACUUCUAUCGCAAAAGGCAAACUCGCGAACCCCCGCCAAUUCAGCCCUGACCCAAAAAUGUUUUUUAGCGAUGUUGUCGUGACUUGCGGCGAUAUUCCAGAUGGUGAUAAAGACGCGAUCAUUGGUGGGGUUAUGGCAAUGGGUGGUUUAUACUCUCCUCGCGUGACCUCACAAGUCACUCACCUGGUCGAUCUCAGCAUGGAAUCUGAUAAAGCGAAACUCAUCAUUUCUAAAAGUCUGGGUGCAAAGAUAGUCUUGCCUCACUGGUUUGAUGAUUGCUUGAAACUCGGCAGAAGAAUCGAUGAGCGUCCCUAUACUUUGCCAAAUCCUGAAAUCUUGAGCGCCGGACCAGAUGUGCCUAUACGUACUUUUGGAAAUGGUGACGUUGUUGGGGCAUCUACACCAGAACCCACUACUCUGCCAACACCUAGUCGUUCGCCAAACCUUAAGCGUAAUUUGAGCGUUUUGGAGGGUAACCAUGUCAUGCUUUCCUCAGAUCUCGGAAUUGGAAAGCAUCUAUUGGAGUCUAUCGAAGAUCUAGUCAAGCAAGGGAAUGGCACAAUUACCAAGGAUUUGAGAAAAGCCGAUAUGUUUAUUUGUCGAUACCGUGAAGGAUUUGAAUAUCGCACAGCAUCGAGAUGGAACAAAGAUGUGGGCAAUUUGUCCUGGCUCUUUUACCUCAUCACGCACAACACAUGGACAUCCCCUCUUCGACGAUUACUACAUUACCCCGUUCACCGUGAGGGCGUCCCAGGUUUCAAAGGUUUGCGCAUCAGCUUGUCCAACUACGCUGGUGAAGCUAGAGCUUAUCUCGAAAACCUCAUUCAAGCUGCUGGCGCGGAAUGUACCAAGACGCUUAAAACAAACAACACUCAUCUCAUCACGGCUCAUGGUAACAGUGAGAAAUGCGCGGCUGCUAAGGAAUGGGGCCUGCAAGUCGUAAAUCAUCUAUGGCUCGAGGAAAGCUAUGCAAAGUGGAAAAUGCUUCCAGUCUCUGAUCCACGAUACACGCAUUUCCCUAAGCGUACCAAUCUAGGAGAGAUUGUCGGUCAGACCAAGCUCGACAAAGCCGUGCUCGAGCAGCAUUUCUUCCCGACAGAUAGCAACGUUGAUGAUAGUCGAGUCAUGCAGCAAAAGGACCAGAACAUAGCUGCAAAUACUGAAGUCACCAAGACAGUGUCACCUCAGGGGCGAGCAAAGUCCGUCGCCAAAUCAUCGCCUGCUCCAUCAAAAACAACCGCAGCUAUCACACCUCAUACCAACAAGUCGUCACGCAAGACAUCAAAUUUGGCGGAUGCAAAGACUCCGGUGAUCUCUCGUUUCCUAGCAGAUGAGAAGGAAAAUGUUACGCCCUCGACGACCAGUAGUCGAAAGUCUAAAGAAGCUGCUGCUGCGCGUUUGCAUGAUAUUGCUCCAGAUAUUGCACUCUACGAGAAAGAAAAGAAACGAGUCGGUGGUGUCGUUUACGGAGGACGUCGCAAGACAGACCCAGACCUUGUUGUUCCUGCGAAGAACAAAAAGCGACGGUCAGUCGAGCCUGACGAAGAGGAUGAUAUCGAGGAAGAAAAGGAAACGAAGCGACAGAAAAACGGCAAGACUCCUGUGACUAUGCAUUUGAUGAUAACUGGCUUUCAACGAUGGGUUGGCAAUAUGAAAAAGGAGGACGCAGAUAAGCGACAACUCCGCAAUCUUGGAAUUGCCAUUACCCAAGACGCCAAAAAAUGCACACAUCUCGCUGCACCAUCUAUCCUGCGUACGCCUAAAUUCGUCAAUGCUCUCGCAUAUGCCCCAGUCGUCGUACACAUUGACUAUGUUACCGAAUGUCUUGCAAAGGAUGAACUACUCGACCCUGAUGAUUUCGCCUUGGUUGAUAGAAUCACCGAGAAAAAAGUCGGCUUCAACCUGAAGAAAACACUUGAGAGGGCAGCAACCAACAAAAACAAGCUUCUUCGCGACUAUAGAAUCUGCUGUGUUGAGACUAUUCGUGGUGGCUUUGAUGCCUUCAGGUCGAUUGUCGAAGCGAAUGGGGGCGAAUGCACGCUGUUCCGGGGCCGUGUCUCUAUGAACGAGCAUCGUCGCCGGGAAGGCUCAGAGUCAAGUGGAGAGGCAGAUCAACCUAUGAGAGAUGAUAUCUUCCUUAUCAGUGGCGACGAACCAGAACAUGUCAAAGUUUGGCCUCGUUUUCGUCAAAUGGUUCUUGAGGCCGGGAAAACUCCACGCAUUGUCAAUGUCAAUUGGUUGUUGGACAUUGCCAUGUCUCAGGAGAUUGGUUGGAAGGAUGAAUAUGAGUAUACAGAUCGUACUGCUUGA